CCGGGCUGGGGCGAUGGGCAGCAGCAGCUCCCGGCUGCUCUUUGAUCCGGGGAGCCUCUCCUAGCUCCUGCCAGCAGCCACCUCACCUAUGGUCCUGCUGGAUGUCUGUGAUCGCGUGUGGAAUAUUUCGGGAGAAGCACUUGAAGUUCUAGUAAUUUACAGGACUUGAUGCCUCUGAGCCCCAGUGUACUACCACCAUGUCGGGCACUGUGUCCAUCCUCCAACAAUUUGCCAAUGGCUUGAAGAGUCGCAGCGAAGAGACGAGGGCAAAGGCUGCCAAGGACCUGCAGCAUUAUGUCACCAUGGAGCUGCGUGAGAUGAGUCAGGAAGAAUCUACCAGGUUUUAUGAUCAGCUGAACCAUCACAUAUUUGAGCUGGUCUCUAGCUCUGAUGCAAAUGAAAGGAAAGGUGGCAUUCUGGCUAUAGCAAGCCUUAUCGGUGUUGAAGGAGGUAAUGCCACCCGUAUCGGCAGGUUUGCCAACUACCUGAGGAACCUCUUGCCAUCCAAUGACCCUGUGGUAAUGGAGAUGGCUUCCAAGGCUAUCGGGCGGCUUGCGAUGGCUGGUGACACCUUCACAGCUGAGUAUGUGGAGUUCGAGGUGAAACGAGCUCUGGAAUGGUUGGGAGCUGACAGGAAUGAAGGUCGUAGACAUGCAGCUGUUCUUGUCUUGCGGGAGUUGGCAAUCAGUGUGCCUACCUUCUUCUUCCAACAAGUGCAGCCAUUCUUUGACAACAUAUUUGUGGCUGUGUGGGAUCCCAAACAGGCCAUCCGAGAGGGAGCUGUCUCUGCCUUAAGAGCCUGCCUUAUCCUCACCACGCAACGCGAGCCAAAAGAGAUGCAGAAGCCCCAGUGGUACAGACACACAUAUGAAGAGGCUGAAAAGGGCUUUGAUGAGACUUUGGCCAAAGAGAAAGGAAUGAAUCGUGAUGACCGAAUCCAUGGUGCCUUACUGAUCCUCAAUGAGCUAGUGAGAAUCAGCAGUAUGGAGGGAGAGCGCCUUAGAGAGGAGAUGGAAGAAAUCACUCAACAGCAGCUUGUGCAUGACAAGUACUGCAAAGACCUGAUGGGCUUCAGUACCAAGCCUCGCCACAUCACUCCCUUUACAAGCUUUCAGUCUCUUCAGCCCUCUCAGUCAAAUGCUUUGGCUGGUCUUCUGGGGUACAGUGCUCACCAAGGAAUUAUGGGUUUUGCAACCUCACCUGUCCCAGCAAAAUCUACUUUGGUAGAAAGUCGAUGUUGCAGGGAUCUAAUGGAAGAGAAAUUUGAUCAGGUCUGCCAGUGGGUUCUCAAGUGCAGAACCAGCAAAAAUUCUUUGAUCCAGAUGACUGUUCUCAAUCUGCUACCGCGGCUGGCAGCUUUCCGUCCUUCGGCAUUCACAGCUGAUCAGUAUCUUCCAGACACCAUGAAUCAUGUUCUCAGUUGUGUGAAGAAGGAGAAGGAGCGAACAGCAGCCUUCCAGGCCUUGGGUUUGCUUUCUGUGGCUGUGAGGUCUGAGUUUCAAGCUUACCUACCAAAAGUCCUUGAAAUCAUAAAAGCAGCUCUUCCCCCAAAGGACUUUGCCCACAAGAGACAGAAGUCUGUGCAGGUUGAUGCCACAGUCUUCACCUGCAUUAGCAUGCUGGCACGAGCCAUGGGACCCAGUAUCCAGCAGGACAUCAAAGAGCUUUUGGAACCUAUGCUGGCUGUGGGGCUGAGCCCUGCUCUAACAGCUGUGCUGUACGACUUGAGCCGUCAGAUCCCUCAGCUGAAGAAGGAUAUCCAGGAUGGGCUGCUGAAAAUGCUCUCUCUUGUUCUGAUGCACAAGCCUCUGCGACAUCCAGGCAUGCCAAAAGGCCUUGCCCACCAGCUGGCCUCCCCCAGUCUCACCAAUAUCCCAGAAGCCAGUGAUGUGGGGAGCAUCACCCUUGCCCUUCGUACACUUGGUAGCUUUGAGUUUGAAGGCCACUCCCUGACUCAGUUUGUUCGGCAUUGCGCCGAUCACUUCCUGAACAGUGAACACAAGGAGAUCCGGAUGGAAGCAGCCCGCACUUGCUCUCGCUUGCUCACGCCCUCCAUCCACUUGAUCAGUGGCCAUGCCCAUGUGGUCAGUCAGACAGCAGUUCAGGUUGUAGCUGAUGUCCUCAGCAAGCUGCUUGUAGUUGGAAUAACUGACCCAGACCCUGAUAUACGUUUCUGCGUGUUGGCUUCCCUGGAUGAGCGGUUUGAUGCUCACCUCGCCCAGGCUGAAAACCUGCAAGCUCUUUUUGUGGCCCUGAAUGAUCAGGUGUUUGAAAUACGUGAGCUGGCCAUCUGCACUGUGGGGCGCCUGAGCAGCAUGAACCCUGCCUUUGUCAUGCCUUUCCUUCGAAAGAUGCUAAUCCAGAUUCUAACAGAGCUGGAACACAGCGGUGUUGGCAGAAUUAAAGAGCAAAGUGCCAGGAUGCUGGGUCACCUGGUUUCUAAUGCUCCACGCCUCAUCCGUCCAUAUAUGGAGCCUAUCCUUAAGGCACUGAUUGUGAAACUGAAAGAUCCUGAUCCAGAUCCCAAUCCAGGUGUGAUUAACAAUGUCCUGGCUACCAUAGGGGAGCUUGCACAGGUCAGUGGGCUGGAGAUGAGGAAGUGGGUGGAUGAGCUCUUCAUUAUAAUUAUGGACAUGCUACAGGACUCUUCUCUUCUGGCUAAAAGACAAGUGGCUCUUUGGACACUGGGGCAGCUUGUGGCUAGCACUGGUUAUGUGGUAGAACCAUACAGGAAGUACCCAACUUUGCUGGAAGUGCUUCUGAACUUCCUCAAGACUGAGCAAAAUCAGGGCACCCGCAGAGAGGCUAUUCGUGUGUUAGGGCUGCUGGGUGCUUUGGACCCUUACAAACACAAAGUGAACAUUGGCAUGAUUGAUCAAUCACGAGAUGCUUCAGCUGUUAGCCUCUCUGAGUCCAAGUCCAGCCAGGAUUCUUCUGACUACAGCACCAGUGAGAUGUUGGUGAAUAUGGGCAACCUCCCUCUGGAUGAAUUCUACCCAGCUGUGUCUAUGGUGGCACUGAUGAGAAUUUUCCGAGACCAAUCCCUGUCCCAACACCACACUAUGGUAGUUCAGGCCAUCACCUUUAUUUUCAAAUCCCUUGGACUGAAGUGUGUGCAGUUCUUGCCCCAGGUCAUGCCAACGUUCCUUAACGUGAUACGGGUGUGUGAUGGUGCCAUCCGAGAGUUCCUGUUCCAGCAGCUAGGAAUGUUGGUGUCCUUUGUGAGAAGUCAUAUUCGGCCUUAUAUGGAUGAAAUUGUCACCCUGAUGAGAGACUUCUGGGUUAUGAACAACUCCAUACAGAGCACGAUUAUCCUACUUAUUGAGCAGAUUGUGGUAGCUCUAGGAGGAGAAUUCAAGCUUUACCUGCCUCAGCUCAUUCCUCACAUGUUACGGGUCUUCAUGCACGACAACAGUCAGGGUCGAAUUGUUUCUGUGAAGCUACUUAAUGCGAUCCAGCUCUUUGGAGCUAACCUGGAUGACUACCUUCAUUUGUUACUACCUCCCAUUGUAAAGCUAUUUGAUGCCCCAGAUGUUCCUGUGGUGGCUCGCAAAGCUGCUCUAGAGACAGUGGACCGCUUGACAGAGUCCCUGGAUUUCACGGAUUACGCGUCACGGAUUAUUCAUCCCAUCGUACGAACGCUAGAUCAGAGCCCUGAGCUACGAACAACUGCAAUGGACACCCUCUCCUCUCUGGUGUUCCAGCUGGGAAAAAAGUACCAAAUUUUUAUCCCGAUGGUGAACAAAGUCCUGGUGCGACACAGAAUUAAUCAUCAACGCUAUGAUGUUCUCAUCUGCAGGAUUGUAAAGGGUUACACUCUUGCUGAUGAAGAGGAAGAUCCCCUGAUUUAUCAGCACCGAAUGUUGAGAAGCAACCAGGGGGAAACUUUGGCCACUGGUCCUGUGGAAACAGGUCCCAUGAAGAAAUUACAUGUGAGCACCAUCAACCUGCAGAAGGCCUGGGGAGCAGCAAGAAGAGUUUCCAAAGAUGACUGGUUGGAAUGGUUAAGGAGACUGAGUUUGGAGCUCCUGAAAGAUUCUUCCUCACCAUCCCUGCGCUCGUGUUGGGCCCUGGCUCAGGCCUAUAAUCCCAUGGCUCGAGACCUCUUCAAUGCUGCUUUUGUUUCAUGCUGGUCUGAACUGAAUGAAGACCAGCAGGAUGAGCUGAUCCGGAGCAUCGAGCUGGCCUUGACUUCUCAGGAUAUUGCAGAAGUCACUCAGACUCUACUGAACUUGGCAGAAUUUAUGGAGCACAGUGACAGUAGAGAUGCUGCAUAUGCUAAGGCCCUUCACUACAAAGAGCUGGAAUUUCAAAAGGGUCCCACCCCAGCUAUUCUAGAGUCUCUCAUCAGCAUUAACAAUAAACUCCAACAGCCAGAAGCAGCUGCAGGGGUGCUGGAAUAUGCCAUGAAGCACUUUGGGGAGCUGGAAAUUCAAGCUACCUGGUAUGAAAAGCUUCACGAGUGGGAAGAUGCUCUGGUGGCCUAUGACAAGAAGAUGGACACAAACAAAGAUGAUCCUGAGCUGAUGCUGGGACGGAUGCGUUGCUUGGAAGCACUUGGUGAAUGGGGGCAGCUCCACCAGCAAUGCUGUGAAAAGUGGACCCAGGUGAAUGAUGAAACUCAAGCUAAGAUGGCCAGGAUGGCUGCUGCUGCUGCUUGGGGUCUAGGUCAGUGGGACAGCAUGGAAGAAUAUACCUGCAUGAUCCCCAGGGACACCCAUGAUGGUGCUUUCUACAGGGCUGUACUGGCACUGCAUCAAGACCUUUUCUCACUGGCUCAGCAAUGCAUUGACAAAGCCAGAGACCUGCUGGAUGCUGAGCUGACUGCCAUGGCAGGAGAGAGUUACAGUCGAGCCUACGGGGCUAUGGUAUCCUGCCAGAUGCUGUCAGAGCUGGAAGAGGUUAUCCAGUAUAAACUUGUACCAGAGCGCCGUGAGAUCAUCCGCCAGAUCUGGUGGGAAAGACUGCAGGGCUGUCAGCGAAUCGUGGAAGACUGGCAAAGAAUAUUGAUGGUCCGAUCUCUUGUUGUGAAUCCUCAUGAGGACAUGAGAACUUGGCUCAAGUAUGCCAGCUUGUGUGGCAAGAGUGGGAGGCUGGCUUUGGCCCAUAAGACCCUUGUCCUGCUCUUGGGAGUAGAUCCAUCUCGACAGCUGGAUCACCCACUGCCAACAGUCCAUCCCCAAGUGACUUACGCGUACAUGAAGCACAUGUGGAAGAGCGCCCGGAAGAUCGAUGCAUUCCAGCACAUGCAGCACUUUGUGCAGACCAUGCAGCAGCAGGCGCAGCACGCCAUCGCCACCGAGGACCAGCAGCACAAACAGGAGCUCCAUAAGCUCAUGGCACGGUGUUUCCUGAAACUGGGUGAGUGGCAGCUGAACCUGCAAGGCAUCAAUGAGAGCACCAUCCCCAAAGUCCUGCAAUACUACAGUGCUGCAACGGAGCAUGAUCGCAACUGGUACAAGGCCUGGCAUGCCUGGGCAGUGAUGAACUUUGAAGCAGUGCUUCACUAUAAACACCAAAACCAGGCCAGAGAUGAGAAGAAGAAACUCCGUCACGCGAGCGGAGCCAGCAUCACCAGCGCUAACACCGAGGGCAGCAACAGCGAGAGCGAUGCAGAGAGCACUGAGAACAGCCCCAUCCCAUCCCCAGUGCAGAAAAAAGUCACUGAGGAUUUAUCCAAGACCCUCUUGAUGUACACAGUCCCUGCUGUCCAAGGUUUCUUCCGAUCCAUUUCUCUGUCUCGAGGAAACAACCUACAAGACACUCUAAGAGUCCUUACUCUGUGGUUUGACUAUGGUCAUUGGCCUGAUGUGAAUGAAGCUUUGGUAGAAGGAGUCAAGGCAAUCCAAAUAGACACUUGGCUGCAGGUAAUCCCUCAGCUCAUUGCCAGAAUUGACACCCCUCGACCUCUGGUAGGGCGUCUCAUCCAUCAGCUGCUCACAGACAUUGGUCGGUACCACCCCCAGGCUUUAAUCUAUCCUUUGACUGUGGCUUCUAAAUCUACAACCACUGCUCGGCACAAUGCUGCAAAUAAGAUCUUGAAAAACAUGUGUGAGCACAGCAACACUCUGGUGCAGCAGGCAAUGAUGGUGAGUGAAGAGCUAAUUCGUGUGGCCAUCCUAUGGCAUGAGAUGUGGCAUGAAGGGUUGGAAGAAGCAUCUCGUCUGUAUUUUGGAGAAAGAAAUGUAAAGGGAAUGUUUGAGGUGCUGGAACCACUUCAUGCAAUGAUGGAGCGAGGGCCUCAGACUUUAAAGGAGACAUCCUUCAAUCAGGCCUAUGGCAGAGAUCUCAUGGAAGCUCAAGAGUGGUGCAGGAAGUAUAUGAAAUCAGGAAAUGUCAAAGACCUAACUCAGGCUUGGGAUCUCUACUAUCACGUGUUCCGACGUAUCUCAAAGCAGCUGCCACAGCUCACUUCUUUGGAACUACAGUAUGUGUCACCAAAACUCUUAAUGUGCCGGGAUCUGGAACUGGCAGUGCCAGGAACGUACGACCCCAACCAGCCCAUCAUCCGCAUUCAGUCCAUCGCACCCUCGCUGCAGGUCAUCACCUCCAAGCAGCGGCCCAGGAAAUUGACAUUAAUGGGAAGCAACGGGCAUGAGUUUGUAUUCCUUCUGAAAGGUCACGAAGACCUUCGCCAAGAUGAAAGAGUGAUGCAGCUUUUUGGGUUGGUCAACACUCUGCUAGCAAAUGACCCAACUUCUCUUCGUAAAAACCUCAGCAUCCAGAGAUAUGCUGUUAUUCCACUGUCUACAAAUUCAGGCUUAAUUGGCUGGGUGCCCCACUGUGACACGCUGCACGCACUCAUCCGAGACUACAGGGAGAAGAAAAAGAUCCUGCUCAACAUCGAGCAUCGCAUCAUGCUGAGGAUGGCUCCAGACUACGACCACCUGACUCUGAUGCAGAAAGUAGAAGUAUUUGAACAUGCUGUCAAUAACACAGCUGGGGAUGACCUUGCCAAACUGCUGUGGUUGAAAAGUCCAAGCUCAGAGGUAUGGUUUGACAGAAGAACAAAUUACACCCGUUCACUGGCUGUGAUGUCAAUGGUUGGGUACAUUUUGGGCCUUGGGGACAGACACCCUUCCAAUCUGAUGUUAGACAGACUGAGUGGAAAGAUCCUGCAUAUUGACUUUGGGGACUGCUUUGAGGUUGCAAUGACAAGAGAAAAGUUCCCUGAGAAGAUUCCAUUUAGAUUAACAAGGAUGCUGACAAAUGCUAUGGAGGUGACAGGCCUUGAUGGGAACUACAGAAUCACCUGUCACACAGUGAUGGAGGUGCUGCGUGAACACAAGGACAGCGUCAUGGCUGUGCUGGAAGCCUUUGUGUAUGAUCCCUUAUUGAAUUGGAGAUUGAUGGACACAAAUACAAAGGGCAACAAGCGCUCACGAACAAGAACAGACUCCUACUCAGCCAGUCAGUCAGUAGAAAUGUUGGACAGUGUGGAAUUGGGUGAGACAGCCCAUAAAAAAACUGGAACCACAGUGCCUGAAUCCAUCCAUUCCUUCAUAGGAGAUGGUCUGGUGAAGCCAGAAGCUCUAAAUAAGAAGGCAAUUCAGAUCAUCAACAGGGUUCGAGAUAAGCUCACUGGUCGAGACUUCUCUCAUGAUGAAACUCUUGAUGUGCCCACACAAGUAGAACUGCUCAUUAAACAAGCAACUUCUCAUGAGAACCUGUGCCAGUGCUACAUUGGAUGGUGUCCUUUCUGGUAACAGGAGAUUCCAGAGUAUGCACAGCCUUUUAUUCUGGAGGCUUUUUCACUCCAAACUUGCUCUUCUACAAACACAAAUUGAACGUUGGACUGAAAUACAGCCUUUGUCAAAUAUUUUUAAAUGUAAAUGAUAAGAGUUAUUGUAUAUUAAAAGUUGGUGUAAGCCAAUGUAUAGCUGCUGUUGGAAAAACAAGCUGUCUGAAACACAACACUUGAUUUGGGUUUCCAGGACAGUGAAGACUGAUUGUACCACAGAUGUCUAUGGUUCCUUUUUGUCUUUGGGGAACUGGAGAUCCAUUGAAAAUAACUAUACGGGUUUUCACUCACUUUGCAAUGUAACUAAGUAACUUGCAGAUUAAUUAUUGCCCUGGUCAUUCCUGUUGAUGUGGGUGCAGUGAGCUAAAUGCGCUUGUGCAGGAGGCUUCAUUUAGGUUUGAGGGGAGCUGCAUAACUGGAAAGAAAGAGAAGUAGAAUUUACCAUUGUUUCCCUCCUGUACCUUGUUUUCAAACUUGAUUCUUGCCCCAAAAUUGGAAAUUGUCUAUCUGCUCAUUACACUAGUUCAGGAUUUCUGUUUCUGACUAGAUCAGGGUUUUGAGCACAUCCAAGAUUUGAAAAUGUUGAGCUGAGCAAAGUCGGGGUGCCUCUGUGCAGAGUGAUCGGUGGCAAACUGGAUGCAGGGUACAAAUAAAUACCACUUGUGUGCCUCCUGCAGUGUCUGGGUUAAAAAGCAGUGCUGAGAAAUAACUAGAGAAAGUUCAGGUUUGGCACAGGAGGCAGACUGGGAGGGGAGAACUGGUUGUAACUUGAAACAGAAAAUAAUGGUUAUUAAACAUGAGGUUGAAGAUAAAGUUAUGAUUUAUUAAUUAAAAACAUUAAAAACAAUGCACAAAAUACAACAGAGUAGCCAUGUUUAGAUGCCAUGUUGUAUUUGCAUAUUUUUGUGCCAAUAAAUGACAUCAAAAUGUAAACGCU